UGAGUUUGAAAGCGCAACACAAUAGUUUUCAACAUACCAGUAUUGGUGUAAACUUUCUAAAGAAAUGCUGGUAUAAAUAAUACAAUAUAUAUUUAAGUUACAUACGUAUAAACGAAGUUAUUACAUUUAAGUUAAUUAUCAAUUUAAAAAAAUGCAAUGCUGUGAAAAAAUUGUUGUACUGCACUAGAUUAGGGGUACCCAAACGUUUUCGUUCGGGUCCCCCCUUCCAGCAUUGGGGGACAUCUACCCAAUUUCGAAAUUGCACCUUGUGCGUUCUAAUAUUACAAUCACUGAACUAGAUUUUUUUUUAAUCGAUAUUCCCAAAGUUUAGUACGUCUUUGUAGGGGGACUCUUAUUUUGAGGAAAAAUAAUCCGCGACCGUGCUGCCAGCAUUAUAUCCUACUGCCAGGAGAACGGUAAUAUAUAUUUCCGUCUAUUGGUAGAGGAGUGGAGGCAUUGCCCUUAACUGCUGAUGACAGGGCAGUUUUAUUUUUUCUUUCUCGGUAACUGUUCUUGGAUUGUGUGGAAGUGUAAACUGGUUCCAGAACGGUUUUAAAAGAGGAAACCAAUUUGUCCCGACUAUCACAUGCACAGCACAGCACUGUUUUGGCCGCGGGCAGCAUAUCAUUCUUAGGAACGUGAUCAGAAACCACAUGACCCAUCUAUUCAACGUUAGGGAAAUCAAAUAUUUAUCUGGGGACAUGGAUCAAGUUUACCUCAAACUUUACUUCAACUGUCUUCUCUAGUAGCCUACUUGUGUUAGCGGACUCAUUUCUUGGUUUCUUAGGGCAGUUAGAGCGACAGAGAGAGAGAGAACCGGAACUAAGAAGCAAAUUGAUCUCCUAAGAAGAGGACAUCGGAAUUAUUUAUGAAUGUUGUUGAGGCUUGUCCAAAUAGCCAGACAACCAUGGUAACACCAGUGCAACUUUUUAUCACAUUUGUGCUUCUCGUGUUGAGUUUGGCAGACGAUAAUAAACUAAAACACAAACCAGCCUCAAAACCGGUCCGACUGUUCACAGACGAAGAUUUAAAAAGGCACGAUGGGAGUGAGGACGGGCAUCCCAUUUACAUGGCCAUAAAAGGAGUGGUGUUUGAUGUCACCAAGGGGAAAGAGUUCUAUGGGAAAGAUGGACCAUACAAUGCCUUGGUUGGAAAGGACUGCACCAGGGCUGUGGCCAAAAUGUCCCUUGAGCCAGCUGAUCUGACUUCUGACACUACGGGCCUUACUGAAGAGCAGCUCCAAUCCCUAGAGAGUGUAUUUGAGGGCACGUACAAGACAAAGUACCCUAUUGUAGGCUACACUGCCAUACGCAUCCUCAACCAGGAUGGAAGCCCCAAUGAGGACUUCAAGCCUGAAGACCAACCUCAUUUUAACAUCAGAGACGAGUUCUAAUCCAAAGUUUUUUUUUGUGUGUUCUUCUUUUUUUUCCUCUGAUAUAUUUUGAUACGCCCCCCCAAAAAACUGUGGAGAUCAUGAAGAUUCAAUACUGUGUGAUCCUCAAUUUGCUCAUGAUUUGAAAAAUUGAUUAUUUCUGAAUUCCCAGUCAGAUCCAUUUGUUAGGACUGCAUGUCUGGAUGUUCUGUGACGAAGCCCGUAAGGGUGGCCUUACCAAGGGAUAGGCAGCCAUGUGUUUUUGGCUCUAUUUUCCUUUACCUUAUUUGGAAACCAUAUUUAUAUCUUUUAAAAGAGAUGUUUUUUUUAUUUUUUAUAUAAUUUUAUGUUGACGUCAAUGAAAACAUGGAAUGUUUGUUACAAUGUUGUUAGUCAAAUACACUUUGUAAAAUGUAUUUACAUUUUAAGAACUGAAUGUUUUCCAUUGAUCAUUUAAAUCAUUGUAAUUGGUUAUAAUGAGCUAUGAAGCUGCACAGGCCCUAUACCAUUAUACCAUUAAUUCAAUGUUAAAGUAGUUUAAAACAUCAUUAUUAUUAUUAUUAUUAUUAUUAAAAUAGUAGGAGCGA